AUACAACAUAUGACAUGAUAAUAAACAAUUAAGUAUGAAAUAAUGUAAUCACUAAGUAAAUGAUUAAAUUGGAUAUACAUGUGCAGUAAAAUAGUAAAAUAGUAUUCUAAGAUUGUAAUACAUCAAACACUUCUAGAAUUGUUAGAAUUACUGUAAAUGAGAACGGAACUUCAGAAGAAAAAAAUAAAACAUUGUUACGACGUUAAGAUAAACACAAACAGACAUCAUCAAAGCCAAAACAUGGACUCUGAUGACACUAGUGAAACGAACAGUGAUAAUUCAACUGCGGAUGGCACUGAGAAAGACGAUUUGGACAAAAUUGAAUUUAAGAACUGGAUAAGAGGUGUAAAGGGUCUCGAGUAUCUACAGCAAGGCCUUGCACCGUUUGUUGACAGAGAGGUUGCAAUAAAGCACAGUCAUUUCAUGCAAAGUUUAAAAUCAAAGCCAAAGGCUUACGCAAAAUGCAACUGCACCUAUGAGAAUCUCUUACCAAACCAUGCAGGGGGUCCAUGCAAUAGGCAAAACAUUCGUAACUGUUUUUGCCACAAACCAUCUAAUCGGAGACGAAAAUGUCCAAAUGGAAUAUGUGGCAAAAUAUGCGACUUUAUUGUUCAAGAACAUCGCUUUACCAACCCAUCUCUAAGAAAUUCAGACAUAAGUGAAUGGUCAAACAAUGCUUGGAGCGUUGCAAAAUGCUUUAUACCAGACUCAAAAUAUCCGACUGAUUCUGCCAGGUCUACAGACGCAGCCGGUCUUUUGAAUAUCAUCAUCAAUGCAAAUUUUAUUCAGCAGAAACUAACAUGCAAUAUCGAUCCACCUAACGAUAUAAUGUCACAAGCUAGAGAAUACAGAAAUGAAUUAAUGCACAAAGCUCAAUGGGAGUUAACAGAGCAGCAACUAAGCAAUUACCUUGAUCAUUUUAUUUCAAUAUUGCAAGAUCCACACACUCUUGCUCAUGACAAGGACGCAGUGAUAGCUGUAAACAAUCUGGAUAUGCUGAAGAAAGAUCAAAUCCGCAUUGAUAAGGAAGAGGAAAAGACAUUGAGAGAGAAAGCUCUACAGCGUCUUGAAGAGGAGAAAAUUAAAGCAUUAGAUGACAUUGAGGCGUCCAAAUGUGAUGCGCUUGAUAGCAUUAGCAGCACCAAAACGGAAGUUCUUGAAGAGCUUGAGAAGUAUGAAGUAGAUGCAAAAGUCCUUUCUGAAGUAAAAGCAAAAACAGACAGCCAUUCAAGUACUAUACAAAUUUUAACGGAUAAACUGAACCGAACAGAGGAACAAAUGAAAGUACUGAAGACUGCAAAGGGGGUAGAUGUAAGCGGUAAAGAGGAUCGAACAGGAAAGGACAAUGAAAUCAUUGAAGAACAAAGUGAGGGCGACAACGCGGAAGAGGUCAUACCAUUAAUACAAACAGAUGACGAUUAUCGAAAGAAAGUAGAAGUUGAGCCUAUAGAAUUACGAGAAUAUCAAAUGGAGCUGGCGACGAAAGGUUUGGAGGGAAGCAACGUUGUCGUAUUGGCCCCUACAAAUACUGGCAAGACAAGGGUUGCAUGCAAAAUUAUACAGGAUCAUUUCCAAAAAAGAUCACAAAUGGGCGAUUUUGGAAAAGUAAUAUUUUUAGUUCACACGGAGCCUUUAGCAUUUCAGCAAGGGAAAAGGUGUGCUGAGUAUUUGCCUAAUUAUAGAACAAAAGUUAUCACUGGAAGAGUGCAGCGAGAAAAGAAACAUUACUUGAAGGACUACAUUGAAAGGAGAGAUAUACUGGUAGUAACAGCCCAAGUUUUGCUAAAUUCAUUAAAACUAAAGGAGAUAAGCAGCUUAAAGGAUUUCUCAUUGAUCGUGAUUGACGAAUGUCAUCACACUAUCGGGUCACAUAGCUACAAUCAAAUUAUGAACCGACACAUAGAGAUGAAAUUGCGUGACAACAUUGGAUUGCCUCAGAUUGUAGGACUGACUGCGUCCCUAGGUGUAGGUGGAAGCACAGACGAAAGAGCAGCUAAGGAACACAUGAAAAGCCUAAUGGUCAAUCUAGACACAAAUUACCUGAGCACAGUCAAGGAAAAUCUUGAACAGCUUCAUGAAUAUGCAAACAAAGCGAAAGAAUAUAAAGAAGUUGCUAGGAAUAGGCUUUAUGAUCGCUACAGAGAGGCUCUCCUUGACAUAAUCAACGAUAUCGAUGUGUACAUGGCAAAUCAUGAUUGUAUGAGGUUGAUGACAAGAGACGAUGAGUUCAUCAAGGAACUAGCCCGUGUGCCUCUUGACAGAGGUUCUGAGCAGUUUUCACAGUGGAUCGGCAAUUUAAACGAUGGUAUUGGAAGGCUUCAAAGCGACGAAGUAAUCAGAAUGAUGAGCCCAUGUAGACGACACUUAGAGAUAUACAACAAAGCUUUGAUGAUAAACGCAGAUGCGAGAAUGUGUGAUUCUAUGGCAAUUUUGUCAGAGUUCAUGAAAGCCGAAAAAUCGGGUAAUGAGACUGAUGAAAUGCUACUCAAUCAUUAUAUGCGCUUAACUUCUCAGCAUUUUGAGGAUCCUGGAAAUCCAAAAUUGAUGAAAAUGGAAGAAAUUCUAGCGCGACAUAUGGUGGGCAAAGAGGCUAGAUGCAUAAUAUUUACUAAAACUAUAGAUCUUGCAAUGGCAAUAACGAACUGGAUCAACGAAAAAGAAUCUCUGAGAAAUCUGAAUGCCAAAGAAUUUCUUGGUAGGAAAAAGAUGUCAAGACUAAAACAAAUCGACGUAUUGGAAUACUUUCGAAAUGGAAGGCAUAAAGUAAUAGUUGCUACAUCAGUGGCAGAAGAAGGUUUAGAUGUAACAGCAUGUAAUCUUGUCAUUCGAUACGAGCAUGUUAAAAAUGAAAUUGUUCGUUUGCAGUCAAGAGGUCGUGCUAGAGCUAAAGAUAGUAGCUACUAUGUCCUAACCAAAGAAGGUUCGAGUCUUAUUCAAAAGGAAGAAGAACUAGAAAUACGGGAGAGGGUGAUGGACCGAAUAAUUCCAGAUCUGCGUUUCUAUACCGAAAUGAACCAACACCGCUGGACGCAAGAAUUAAAAACCAUGCAAGAAGAGAAAAUUGCAACAGAGCAACAAAGAGAACGAACUAUUUUAGCAAAUAUCACUCCGGGUGUGAAACAUCUGCAUUGUUAUAACUGUAACAGUUUUAUCUGUUUGACAACAGAUUUACGUAGAUUUCAGCUUAACCACCAUAUUGUGAUAGCUGAGGAUGUUCAAAAAAGGCUGAUAUUUUUGCGAAGUCCUGAUCCAAGGUAUGAGGAAGAAGAUUUCAAAUCUGAUGGCAAUAUUAUGUGCGACAAAUGCCAAGUUCCUAUCGGCGGUGUUUUCGAGUUUAAAAAGACCGAAUUUCCAUUAAUUAAAAUAAAGCGUGUACGAGUUAUUGACCGGUCGAUCAAUAAAGGCCAAGUAUUUAAAAUCUGGAAGAAGGUUAAUUUCAGGAUUGAACAAAUAUCUUCUACGGAACUUGAGCGUAUUGUACUAGUGCGUGACGAUUAUUCAUAUUAACAUGAUUCAUAGUUACUUUAAGGCUAGAAAUGGCGACAUUUCAAACGCAUUAGACAGAAAUAAGAUGUUGUUUUCUUUAGAUGGUGUUAAUAUACCUACACCAGUCAUUUAAUGUAUAAUGAAAUCAUUGUAUAAAUCUUUGUAGUCACAGAUACAUCUACAAUUAAAUUCAUAUUGACUCA